CCUAUUUCCCAGUGUAAUAGUUUUAUAAUGAAGGCACCGUCCCCAGAUGGAUAACAUUUACAGUUGUUUCCAUGCUCCUUUGGGUCAAUACCACUUCCCCACAGAUAACGCGGGGCACAGAUGCUCACUCCACUUACGAAUUAGAAUGUUUAUCUGUGAACAUUUGCAUGACUGCAAACAGAUCCCUUUUCCACCAACCGCGUUGGGUGCCGCGUAUCUUUAUUGACUCAGUAUACAGCAGCAGCAGGUGUGUGUGUCAUCCACGGGUCAGAAGAUGAAUCUCACACACUCAGACGGUUGCUGCGCCUUUGAAUCGCCCAUCCUGGACCAGGUUUUGCCUCCUGUGCUGAUCCUGGAGUUCACGUUUGGCCUGAUGGGGAACAUCGUGGCCCUGUGGAUGUUCAUUUUCCACAUGGACGACUGGAAGCCCAGCGCGGUGUACCUGACUCACCUGGCUGUUGCCGACUCCAUCGUCCUGUUUUGUUUGCCUUUCAGAGCCGAUUAUUACAGCCGCGGGAAGAACUGGAUCUACGGAGACAUCCCGUGCCGCAUCCUCCUCUUCCUGCUGGCAGCCAACCGUGCAGCGGGCAUCUUCUUCCUCACUGCCGUGGCUGUUGACCGCUACUUUAAGAUCGUCCACCCGCUGAACCGGAUCAACCGGCUGGGCCUCGGCUAUGCUCUGUGGGUGUCGCUCGGCCUCUGGGGGCUGAUUUUUCUUGCGACCGGCUACCUUCUUGCCGGUGAGCACUUCUACUACAACAGCAACCGCACCCAGUGUGAGAGCUUCAACAUCUGCAUGGGCUUCACCCCCCUCUCCACCUGGCACAACGCUUUCUAUGUCAUCCAGUUUCUGCUUCCCACCGCCAUCGUGGCCUUUUGCACCAUCAGGAUCACCUGCCAGCUCAACAACAGGACUCUGGACAAAAAGGGGAAAAUCAAACGUGCCGUUCAGUUUGUCCUGGCCGUGGCUCUGAUCUUCAUCACCUGCUUCUUCCCCAGCACCGUGUCCCGCAUCGCCGUGUGGAUCCUCAAGGUUUGGUACCAUGAAUGCAAACACUUUGAAGAGGCCAACCUGGCGUUCUACACGUCGGUGUGUUUCACCUACUUCAACAGUGUCCUCAACCCGCUGGUGUAUUACUUCUCCAGCCCGGCCUUCAGCGGCACCUUCAGAAAGCUGCUGAACAAACUCCUGAGAAGAAGCAGCGACAAAGAGCCGACCGAGCUGACGGAGAAUGACAUUUCCACCAUUGAUGGGAGAAGGAUUUAAAGGCAGGCGGUAAAAAUGACCUUUUUAUGUUAACGUGAGUUUAAAUGAUAAACGAAGUCGUGCUGUGAUUAAAACACAUUUACCCUCCUGACGUGUAGCACCUUGGUGGUGUUUUAACUUGAUCCUCGUCCCAGAGUGAAAUUAUAAACAGUGAUUCAGUCCUGUAGGAAUAGUGAUUUGUCCUUUUUUGUCUUUCUUUUUCAGUAUAGUAGCUCAUAUAAUCUUUUAUGUGGCAAUAAAAUGAAAAAUCAGCUGAGUAUCUGUGAAUUUA